GGAAAGAGGAGAGGGUGGAUCCGGAGAGUGACCCGGAAGCAGAAGUGUCCCUAGCCGUGGAGUGCUGGGAAGCGGCAGCGGUGACCACAGCGGGAGAAGCAGCACUACAGCCGCCUGCAGCCCCAACCAGGGAGGAAGAUGCUAAUUAAAGUGAAGACGCUGACUGGGAAGGAGAUUGAGAUCGACAUUGAACCCACAGACAAGGUGGAGCGAAUCAAGGAACGUGUGGAAGAGAAAGAGGGCAUCCCCCCACAACAGCAGAGGCUCAUCUACAGUGGCAAACAAAUGAAUGAUGAGAAGACAGCAGCUGAUUACAAGAUCCUAGGUGGUUCAGUCCUCCACCUGGUGUUGGCUCUUAGAGGAGGAGGUGGUCUUGGGCAGUGAUGAACCUCGGUUCCAUUUUACCUCCUUGCCCUGCUGCUCAUAAUGAAGCAUCACAUAUCCUCUCACGCUCUGGGACACCAGAACUUCUGCCCCCUCCCUUGGAUGCCCAGUCUUGUGUGUCUACUGGUGGGAGAAUGUGAGGACACCAGGGUGCAGUGCUCCUGGCCCAAAUGACCAUUACUGGCUGUUGGGUUUUAGUUUGCAGUCCUGUGUGCUUCCCUCUCUUAUGGCUAUAACCUUGGUUGUCAAUAAAAUAUUUCCUGGC